UUGAUGGGCCGAAUAGCGCUGCCAGUGCAUCGCCUCUUCGAAGCUCGGCUCCCGUAGAUCUACGCCUAUGUUGGUCGCCGAUCUCCAUUUGUCGGUGCUUUACUCCCGUCCCCACCGAGCACUGACGACUCUAUUUCUCCAUUACGAAGCCACCCUCCUUCCUCCGAGGUUUUGAUUUCCAGAUGUCUGGCAAUGCUGUGAUUCUGAAAGUUAAUGCUACCCACGCCAAUGAAAAUUCUUCUUCAAGUGUUUCAUCCUGGAAGGGUACUCUACUUGGUUUUGUACAGCAAGCAUCCGUUUAUGGUGUUGCUGCUGGCUAUUGUGUAUCUGCAUCUCUGUUGUCCAUAAUCAAUAAAUGGGCAAUCAUGAAAUUUCCAUACCCAGGUGCUUUGACAGCUUUACAAUACUUCACUAGUGCAUUUGGGGUUAUGCUCUGUGGUUGGUUAAAGCUUGUGGAACAUGACCGUCUGAACCUCAUUACUAUGUGGAAGUUCUUACCUGCUGCAUUCAUCUUCUAUCUGUCCCUUUUUACCAAUAGUGAGCUCCUCCUCCAUGCCAAUGUGGAUACCUUUAUUGUGUUUCGCUCAGUGGUUCCCAUGUUCGUAGCUGUUGGAGAGACUGUAUUCCUUAAACAGCCCUGGCCUUCUACCAAGACAUGGCUUUCUCUCGCAACCAUUUUUGCAGGCAGUGCUAUCUAUGUUCUCACUGACUACCAGUUCACCAUCACGGCUUAUAUCUGGGCAGUGGCUUAUCUAGCAAGCAUGUCAAUAGAUUUUGUGUACAUAAAGCAUGUUGUGAUGACCAUAGGGCUCAACACAUGGGGUCUGGUGUUGUACAACAACUUGGAGGCAUUGAUGCUUUUUCCCCUGGAGUUGCUCAUAACGGGAGAGCUAAAAAAGAUUAAGCAUGAUAUAUCGGAUGAGUACAAGUGGUACACUUUUAGUGUGAUUUUGCCAGUGGCAUUGUCAUGUUUGUUUGGCUUGGCGAUAUCCUUCUUUGGAUUUUCUUGCAGAAGAGCAAUCUCGGCGACAGGUUUCACUGUGCUGGGUAUCGUGAACAAACUCCUUACUGUCGUGAUAAAUUUGGUCAUAUGGGAUAAACAUUCGACCUUGAUCGGAACAAUAGGCCUACUAAUCUGCAUGUCUGGGGGCGUUCUAUACCAACAGUCGACCACAAAGCCCAGGAAACCGGAAGCUGAGACCGAGACACAAAGUAAAGACGAGGAGGAGCAUAAACUGUUGGAGAUGAAGGCAACUGAAGAGACUGACGAUGUUGAGGAUACAACAGUAGAUCCAAAGUAGAGUUAUGUUGCUGUGCAGAGGGAAGUAGUCGCUAAUGAUCUGUUGUAUGUCGAUUUUCCUCCAGAAAAUUGAUAGGAUUAGUCACUAAAUCACAUUGUGUUCGCUGUGGACCUUGAAGUUGAAUUAUCAUGCUAUCCAUCCAACUUCUUGGAAGUCAGUGAAAUGAGAGGAUUAACUGUCAACUCAGAUACAACAAGAGGAUGCGUUCGAUACAGUGAUGGCAGAUGAUCUAUUGUAUUAUGUCAUAUGCAUAUUAUUAAAUUGGUACUAAAAUAAUGCAUGAUCGUUUGUCUUCUAAUAA